UGCCGGGCAGCGGCCCCGCUCCAAACCCGCUCCAAACCCGCUCCAAACGCCCUCGGGACCUGCCGGGAGGCCCCGGGCGAUGGACGGGGAAGCCGCUGCUGCCUCGCAGGGGUCAGAAUCCACCCAGACCCUGGACCAGCUCCGGGAGGAGCUGCGGAGAGCCAAGGAUGACCACAACAUGGCCACAGGUGCCAUCUCUUCCUUGCAAAGACAACUGGAGAUCCAAGAAUCUGAGCUUCGGAGAUUCAGAUACGAGAACGAAAUGCUUCAGAAGCAGCUCAGAGAGCGAGAAGAGCAGCUCCAAGCCAUGUCUGACAAGUUUUGCAGCCUUACAGAGGAACAGAGGAAGGAAGAAGCGAUGGUGAUGAUGGAGGAGGAGAACCACAGCCUUCGACAGGUUGUUACAGAACAGGAAUCCCAGCUGGCUAAGCAGGAGGAGCAGAUCAGUGAGUUAGAGGGGACGAUCAGACGGCUCCGGAUCGAGGUUGUGACCAGCCGCCGCCACGCCCAGGAGCACAAACAGGCCCAGGAGGAGACCAAGAGCCAGGUUGAGGCACUGCAGCACAAGGAGGUGCAAACCAAAGUGGCACUGGAACGCAUCAGCAGCAAGUUUGACAGGUUACGAAGCAAAAUAACCCAGGCUGCGUUCAGUGUGGAGGGGCAGGACCCCCCCCACGCCGAGCUCACGGAGGAGCAGGUGCUGGAGGCAUUGCAGAGAAUUGCUGACGAACGGAUGGAGUUCUAUCACAUGCUGAAGCACAGAGACAUCAAGGUGCCCCUGUACUACCCCGGCAUGUACAGUUCAUCACCUCCCAAGAGGACGAGUUCUCCCUGAAUGGAAAAGCUGCCCUGAUGGCUGAGCCAGGAACCACCACCAACUUCAGGCUCUGGGUCCUUGGCUCUGAGCUGGUGACCUACAACAGAUUAAACUCAUUUUACUGAAAUCAAGUUCUGCAGGAGUAUCUGAUUCAAUUGUUUCAGCCGACUCAGAGCACAAGUCGCUGUGAGU